CCCUUGAAGCUCCGCCGGAAAAUGAAAGUGAAACUUAAGUUCUAUCUUUUCUUCGCACUGCCGUAGCCUUCUUCCAAAUGCGUACUCCUUUCUGUUAUUUUAGUAGUGUAUAAUGAGUUUAACUCAGCAGCGUGUGACUUCACGUUCACAAACGGGAAAAUUCAGUUAACAGUUAACCAGAAACAUGAGCACGUUCAAUGAACUGCGCUCUUUGUGCGCGUUUAUGCACAACACUGGAUGGACAGACUGCCUGGAUGCUCCGUCAGACGUUUGAUUUCAUUUGCUGAAGACUGCGAACGGUACGUGAAACUGAAAGUGAUGGCAAAUGGACCAGCCCUGUCCACUGUUGGAAGUGAUGAAAUUUACGUGGGAAGCGAAUUCAGAGAUUCCCUCUCACUCUUGGAUAUUCUUUAUGCAAAUCAGUUUGAAGGAGAGUCUUUCCAUCCAAAACAUCUUGAGCAGACGGAGGAAAAAUUUUACAGAGGAGCCCCGCCUGAAUGGUUAAACUUUCACUUAAGUGAACAGGCAGAGUCAGAUGGCACUGGAAGGCCUUUUAUUAAACGAGAUGGAUACGAUACACUUGUGCAACAAAUUGACCAAAGAAGAAAACUCCCUGGAACAUCAACUGUUAAACUGUUCCACCAGCCAGGAUGUGGGGGAACCACAUUGGCCAUGCAGGUGUUGUGGGACUUGCGGAAAACCUUCAGGUGUGCUGCUUUAACAGGCUCAACCUCAAACAUUACAGAUGUUGCAGAGGAGGUGGUCCACCUUUUCACAGCUGGCAGUCGAGGCCACCAGAAUACUGUGCUGCUGUUACUGAAUGAUGAGCAAAAUUUGGAUGAUCUGCAAGAAAAAAUUAUGAUGAAGAUUGCUGAACAGGAGAUAGUCACCAAUAUGCCUGUAGUGAUUUUCCUCAGCUGUAUUAGAAAUGAUGCAGUUCUGCACAGUGACCAUGUUUUCCUACAGGAAGUGCUUUCUGAGUCAGAGAAGCAAAAGUUUAAUGAGAAAAAGGAGGAGCUCAGCACAAAAUACGGUGAUAAAUCGAAGAAGUUCCAUGGCUUUAACAUAAUGCAAACUAGUUUCUCUCAGGCUUACAUCCAGGAGGCCUGUGCUGUGUUCAAAACAAUCAAGAGAGCAAACAAAUCACAGAAGACCCAGCUUGCUGCCUUCCUGUCCCUGCUGAAUGCCUAUGUACCAGGCUCAUAUCUCCUGGAGUCUCAGUGCCUGGACUUAUUCAAAUGUGAAGACUCCAUCCAUGGAGACCUUUCAUUGGAGGACAGAAUGAAGCCCUUUAGUGAUCUCAUCAUCACCUUCCAACGAGAUACCAGAUCUGAAAAAAGAGUCUGCAUGGCUCACCCUAUGAUAGCAAAGUGUUGCACUGAGAUGAUGGCUGAGGCAGGUGUGACCAGAAGUGACACAACAAGAAACCUCCUGACCUGUUUGUGCAGCGAUGAGGUUCCUCCAUCUUUGCUUGGUUUUGUCAAAAACAUGUUAACCAAAAGAAGACCAAAACCAAAAGAAUGUAAAAUUGAAGAGAGCCCAUUCAAAAAUACAGAGAGUGAAGAGGACAAAGAAAAGUUUUCUAGACUGAUUCUCGACAUUCAAAAGAUGGAGGACAAGGCUCAGUGUGCAUCAGUUUUAAAGGUGGCAACAAAACAAUUUGAUCAGAAUCCAUUUUAUCCUCAGGCACUUGCUCGUUUCUAUUAUAUAGAAAUAAAAGACUACAACAAGGCAAUAAUGUGGGCAAAGAGAGCAAAGGAAAGAGAUCCCCAAAAUUCAUUUGUUGCUGAUACACUGGGACAAGUCUACAAGAACUGUUUGAAGAACAAAGAGCAUCCUGUCAAACCGAGAGCAAUUUUGCAACUGGCCACAAAAGCCAUUGAAGCUUUCAAAGAUGAAGAAGAACUUGCUGAAAAAGAACAUGGGACAGACGAGGAAGACGCUAGAAAGAUCAAAAUACCAUGUGUUUUUAACAUCAGAGGGCAGAUUGGUUACCUGCAGGUUUGCAACCUUGUGUAUGACCUCACAAAGCAUGCGUCCAUGAGCUCAGGCAACAAACUCCUAAAUGAUCUAAUAAGCAGAGACGAGGUUGAGAGAAAAUGUGCAUUUCUUGAUAAAUAUCUGACCUACUCAAAGCUUGACAUGAAGAAAGACGAUCCCUCAUACAUUUCUAAAGACAUCGCAGAAUGCUGCAGGAAAUAUGUCAGAGAUGAACAUUUCGAAGAAAAAGUCAAUGAUUUCAUCCAGAAGCUUAAACAAAUCCUGGCAGAAACGUCUGCUGGAGUACUCUUGUGUCUUGACAGAGAAUACACUGAAGCAGAGCUUAAAGAAGUCACUACAUGGUGGGAAGAAAUCUUUCUACAUUCCUCUUGCAAGUUUUUAAAUGCAUUUGGACAGAAAAUGCCACUGACCUCCAAAGACGCACCUGAGCUCCACAUGUUAGCCCUCCUCUUGUACUGGCCAACAGAUAGUCAAGACAAAUGUGUUUUGACCUUAGUCAGUUAA